UUAAACAAAGCAGCUGGAACAAGUAAACAAAACGUUUAAUAAGUAUUUGUAAUACAAGUUUUGUAUUAAAAAAUGUCACAAUCAAACUCUUCAGCACCUCCUAUCAAACGCUAUCGCCGUGAAGAUGAUGAUAAAUCUUCUGGAGCAGAAGAUGAUGACAAAUACGUGCCCUAUGUACCGGUCAAGGAACGCAAAAAACAGCAACUUAUGAAAAUGGGACGCAUCGUACAGCUAACAUCAGAAGCGGCACAACCAAAAUCUUCGAGCGAAAAUGAAAACGAUGAAGACUCACAAAAUGCCACUGAUCCCGAAUUAUGGGGACGUAAAUACAACAUUAGUUUGCUAGAUCAACACACUGAGUUGAAGAAAAUAGCAGAGGCCAAAAAAAUCAGUGAUGUAGAAAAACAACUUAAGGAAGAAGAAAAGAUUCUUGAAAGUGUUCAGCAGCAGAAAGCCCUUAUGGCAGUGUCUGAAUUGGCGAAAGGUAUACAAUAUGAGGAUCCUAUUAAGACUAGCUGGAAGCCGCCGCACUACAUAAUGGAUAUGUCGGAACAUAAACGGAACGCUAUACGUAAACGUUUGCGUAUAUUGGUGGAGGGAGAUGAUGUGGCUCCGCCCAUACGUAGUUUUAAAGAAAUGAAAUUGCAUAAGGGUAUUUUAAAUGGUUUAGCCAGCAAAGGUAUUAAGCGUCCAACACCUAUACAAAUUCAGGGAAUACCUACGGUACUAUCUGGCAGAGAUUUAAUUGGCAUUGCUUUCACCGGUUCUGGUAAGACAUUGGUCUUUGUUUUACCCAUUAUAAUGUUUGCCCUGGAGCAGGAAUAUCGUUUACCCUUUGUGAGAAAUGAAGGUCCAUAUGGUUUGAUUAUUUGUCCUUCUCGGGAGUUGGCCAAGCAGACACACGAUAUUGUAAUGCACUACAGUCGUCAUUUAAUGCAAUGUGGUAUGCCGGAAAUACGUUCGUGUCUAGCAAUUGGAGGAGUUCCUGUUUCAGAAGCUUUAGAUGUUAUAGCUAAAGGGGUUCACAUUAUGGUUGCUACACCUGGUCGUUUAAUGGACAUGUUAGAGAAGAAAAUCGUUACGCUAGAUAUUUGUCGUUAUCUGUGCAUGGAUGAAGCUGAUCGUAUGAUUGAUAUGGGUUUUGAAGAAGAUGUACGUACUAUAUUUUCCUUUUUUAAGGGACAAAGACAGACAUUGCUUUUCUCAGCUACUAUGCCUAAGAAAAUUCAAAAUUUUGCCCGCUCUGCUUUAGUAAAACCCGUAACAAUCAAUGUGGGUCGUGCUGGUGCUGCUUCGAUGAAUGUGACACAAGAAGUGGAGUAUGUCAAACAAGAAGCUAAAGUUGUGUAUUUAUUGGAGUGUUUACAAAAGACAGCACCACCCGUAUUAAUAUUUGCUGAAAAGAAACAGGAUGUCGAUUGCAUACAUGAAUAUUUACUGCUCAAGGGUGUGGAAGCAGUUGCUAUACAUGGUGGAAAAGAUCAAGAAGAACGUUCACGAGCCGUUGAAGCCUAUAGAGAAGGUAAAAAAGAUGUUUUAGUUGCCACCGAUGUAGCCUCUAAAGGUUUGGAUUUUUCCAAUGUUCAACAUGUUAUAAAUUACGAUAUGCCUGAAGAUAUAGAAAAUUAUGUACAUCGUAUUGGUCGUACUGGUCGUUCCAAUACCAAAGGUUUAGCAACAACAUUUGUUAAUAAAACAACCGAUCAAUCGGUAUUGCUGGAUCUAAAACAUUUGUUGAUUGAAGCAAAACAAAAGGUACCGGAUUUCUUAUUGGAACUAUGUCCGGAAUCGGAACAAUAUUUGGAUUUGGGAGACUCACAUGGUUGCAGUUAUUGUGGUGGUCUUGGUCAUCGUAUAACGGAAUGUCCCAAAUUGGAGGCUAUUCAAAGCAAGCAGGCAUCGAAUAUUGGACGCAGGGAUUAUUUGUCUAACACAGCAGCAGAUUAUUAAAUAUGUAGUUUUUUAUAUUUUAGAUUAAGUAUUUCAUGUGAAAAUAUUUUGUAAAAUAUUAAGUGAAAAAUAUUAAAAAUUAAAUCAUAACUCCCACAAAAAUAAUAUUCCAAAUACUUUUCUUUCCAAACAAUCGUUAUAUGUAAAACGGUAUACAUUUGCUGAAUCGUUGUUUAAUUAAUCGACUAUUCUUGAACAUGACAAAGAUAUUGUUUAAUCAGAAAACUCAUUUGAAAUUUCGAUAUUCUGAUAUUCGAUAUUCAAAAAAUUCUGAUCCAAUAUUUAUGAAAAAUUAACACAAUACGUUUUAAUUUUUACAAUUUUUUGUCCAAAAAAGUUGAAAGUAAAAUAUAUAUUAAAAGAAAAUAUGAAUUAUCACUAUGACAACCAAAAAUAUGCUCUAAAAUGGUGUUUUAUGCGCAUAAAAUAUGCACAUAUAAUUUAACAUAUUCUUUGAAAAUAUAAUAAAUAUGCACUCAAAAUUCAUUAUUUUUUAAAUCAAACUCAACUUUGUCACAAUUCUUUGUUAAGCGUUUUUUAAGUCAACAUUGGACUUAUAGAUCAAGUAACGCACCACAUAACGUAGUUUAUAAGUCUUAAAUAUUUUUGGCCAUAUUAUUAAAAAAGGGUGUUUUAUCACACGACAAAUUUGCUUUUAAUGUU